AUGCAGAUCUUCGUCAAGACCCUAACCGGCAAGACCAUCACCCUCGAGGUCGAGUCCAGCGACACCAUCGAGAACGUGAAGCAGAAGAUUCAGGACAAGGAGGGUAUUCCCCCUGAUCAGCAGCGUCUCAUCUUCGCCGGCAAGCAGCUCGAGGACGGCCGUACUCUGGCCGACUACAACAUCCAGAAGGAGUCCACCCUCCACCUCGUCCUCCGCCUCCGUGGCGGUAUGCAGAUCUUCGUCAAGACCCUGACUGGCAAGACCAUCACCCUCGAGGUCGAGUCGUCCGACACGAUCGAGAACGUGAAGCAGAAGAUCCAGGACAAGGAGGGUAUCCCCCCUGACCAGCAGCGUCUCAUCUUCGCUGGCAAGCAGCUCGAGGACGGCCGCACCCUCGCCGACUACAACAUCCAGAAGGAGUCCACCCUCCACCUCGUCCUCCGUCUCCGGGGUGGCAACUAA